GGCAGUAAACUGUGGAUCAUCAUGGAGUAUCUUGGUGGAGGUUCGGCUCUGGAUUUGCUGAAGGCGGGUCCGUUUGAAGAGUCUCAGAUUGCCACCAUGCUAAAGGAGAUCCUGAAGGGUCUGGACUACCUGCACUCGGAGAAGAAGAUCCACAGAGACAUCAAAGCUGCCAACGUCCUCCUCUCUGAGCACGGAGAAGUGAAGCUAGCCGACUUCGGAGUGGCCGGUCAACUGACCGACACGCAGAUAAAGAGGGAAACCUUCGUGGGAACGCCGUUCUGGAUGGCGCCUGAGGUCAUCCAGCAGUCCGCCUACGACUCAAAGGCGGACAUCUGGUCGCUGGGUAUCACCGCCAUCGAGCUCGCCAAAGGUGAGCCUCCCAACUCCGACAUGCAUCCGAUGCGAGUCCUCUUCCACAUUCCCAAGUCUCCUCCUCCGAUGCUGUCCGGAGAUUUCUCAAAGAGCUUCAAAGAGUUCACGGAGGCCUGCCUCAACAAGGACCCCACUUUUUUGAAGCAGCAGCACAAGGAGCACUCUGAGCAGCGACUGGCCAUCGAGGAGCUGGAGCGCAACAUCCGAUCGGCUGAAGAGGCGUGUCCAGGCAUCACGGACAGGAUGGUCACGCACAUCAUAGCCAGAUGUACAACAAACUGAAGGACGAAUGGACGGAUGAAUAAAAGGACAUUAGGAAGAGACUGUGUCUCCGCUCGGUGACGCUGCUGGAUGAUAAAACAGAGGAGAUUUGCUGUGCGAGGUCUCCGCCCACACACACACACACACUAAUAAUGUAAUAUAUACACUAUAUUUUGUAAAGUCACCGCUGCUGGUUGAGGACAUUUUCCCCUCACAGUUUAUCUGACGUGUGGUUGUGUUUUAGAUUAAAUGGCCUGGAUUGUUGGAAUAGCCAUUAUGUGCCUUAAGGUUUUUUUUCUUGUUUUUGUAUAAUUUUCUAAAAAAAAUAAUAAAAAAUACUGUUUUCAAAGAGAUUUUUGUCUAAACCCCACACGAAGAAGGUAAAUCAGUUUCCUGUCCACCGGCAGCAGUAGCCUCCGUUCUGUUUUCUGUAAAUGUCUGUACGUUCGGUAGCACUUGAGACAGAUUAAAUGCCAACAAUACAAGAUGUUGUGUUUUCAGUAGAGCUUUUUCUUUACAGCUCCCAGAUCCAGGUUUCUGUUCUGGUCACGUCACCUCUCCGGGUGAAACCGUGAAGGUCGUUUUAGCCUGACCUCAGGGGAGAUGACUCAGCAUUUUUUUUUUUUUUGGGGGGGUGAAAUAAAACUUUCUUUAAAAUUGUGCAAACUUGGUAAUUUGUGAAACUGUUUGAUGUUCAAGUUUUCACAGAAAGAAUCAUUUGUAAUAUGUUAAAUUUAAAAAAGUUCUGACCUGUUUUGGACUCAUUUUUGGGAGCUAACAAACUAGCUGGGCAAGGUAGCUAUCAGUUUGCUAACUAGCAUGCUAGCUAGUUAUUUUAGCCUCUGGAAGUAAAAAUCAAACUAACAGUUGACUUGAAUCUAAAUGUACGGAUGCUUGUACUGGCAGCCAUUUUGGCUUUGGGUUGUGGAAUAAUUUUACUGUGAAAUUGUUGUAUUUUUUGUGGAAUAAGUGGUUUUUUUGUUGUUUUUUUGAAAACACUUGGUAACUGUGUGAAUGAAGGAAGACACAUGUGCCUUCCCCUGACCCGUGGAAAGUAACUGUUCGACGUGCAUCAAAAACCUUUGGUUAGGUUGUCUUUGUUUGUUGCGUUAAUAUUUGUAACGCUUUAUAUCAGGAGCGUAGUUUUAUCCAAGAGCAUUCUGGGAGCUGUAAAUAAACAUUUUACUGAUGGUUUGUACCAAAGACGCUAUAAGAUUUAGUCUCUGUAUAUUGUGUUUGUUUUUUUAUAUAUCAUAAGGGAUUUGACUGUUUGUUUAAGGGGGAAUUGUAAAACAACAGAUGUAAGAUUUUACAGUACCGGACCAUUUUUUG